CUUCAAAACAGAUAAGCACUGCUGUGGUACGUUAACGUGAAAAUGCCAAAAAUGGCUCGCAGUGAUCACAUUUACUUUUUAAGACAGGCGUUCGUCACCUUCACAGUAUGCGUGCAGUCAGUGGGCAUCGGCAUCAUGCUGGGCUUUCCAGCCAUCCUGAAUCCUGCGAUCGUGGACCCGGAUAGCGACAUCAAGGCUACGUCCAGUGAUGCAUCUUGGCUUGCAUCAAUCGUUGGAAUGGCUGGAGUUCUCGGUUUCUUCGUCCUCUCACCAUUACUGCAGACUGCUGGACGGAAAUGGACGAAUAUCCUCAAGAAUUUAAUAAUGGGCAUUGGCUGGAUCAUAUUUUACUAUGCAACCUCUUUACCAGCAUUAUACGCCGCCAGAUUCAUACAAGGCAUUUCCAUGGGAGGCAUUUAUAUCAAUGUCAUUCUCAUCGGAGAAUAUUCGGACCCUGAUCGCAGAGGUUACUAUACAGCAUUCCAGAAAGCUUCCCUAUCAGCUGGAACGCUAUUCUGCCAUGCCAUGGCUCUUUCCUUCACUUGGAGAGAUGUCGCAGCAAUCGCCAUUAUACCACCCAUGUUGGCAACAAUACUCACAUGCUUCUGGCCAGAGUCGCCCUUCUUCUUAGCCAUGAGGGGACGUUUCGACAAAUGCGAGAAGUCUUUCCACUGGCUCAAUGGGACGAAAAGGAAUCAAGAACUGAAGGAUUUGAUAUCUUCGCAACGAACAAGGAUAGAACAAGAAAAAUACGAUCAACGAACCAUCGGAAAAUGGUUGCAUCUGUUAUCAAGGCGUGAUUUCCGGAGAGCGUUGUUGAUAGUCGCCAUUUUGACUGUAGCAAUUGAUUUGAGUGGCCGUAACUUUUUGAAAGCAUACAUAGUUCAGAUCAUGACGAGUUUAACAGGCAGCAAAACGACUGGAGUGUAUUUCUCUAUAUUAUCAGAUUCUCUAGUUAUUAUAGCUUUGCUGUUAUCCAGUCUAGUUAUUAAAUUUUGCCCGAGGAGAAGGCUCCUUUUCACAUUUGGUCCUUUGACUGUUCUCACGCUUAUUGUAAUAAGUUUGGUGUUAUUUUUGAAAAACACUUAUGACUUCAAUAUUUCUCUAUGGGUCGGGCCGUGUUUGAUUUUGUUUGUGAAUAUUGUAGUACACAUGGGAGUGAGUCCGGUAGGAUUUGUGAUAUUUGGGGAGAUAUUCCCUUUGGAUUUGAAAGGUUUUGGUUCUUUUUUCAGUGGGAUUGUGUUUACAGCUUCGUACGGUACAACACUGAAGCUAACACCAGUUUUGAUGGAAAGUUUAGGUGUAGAAGGCGCGUAUUUUAUUUACGGAUGUUCUUUGACUAUAUGUUUAGUUUUAUUAUUUUUCAUUUUGCCAGAAACUAAAGACAAGACUUUAUCAGAAAUAGAAAGUAGAUUGAAAGGUGAACCAAAAAGUAUUUGUGAAAAAGAAAGCACAUUGUUGGGCGUGAGUUAACGUAAUUAGACGUUAAUUUGACUGAAUAAAUUUAAUUCGUAGGGAAACUUAGUGAUUAAAGACUGUAAUAAGUUAUUUUAACGACUGUCUAAUGCAGGGUUUCCCAAUUUUUUUUGCCAAGGAACCCUAAUUGAUUAUACUUUUCCUAGCGGAACCCCCGUACUACUCCGCCCGCACGCCCUGUCCCUCCCUUGUGCGUAAACAAGUCGGUGCGAGCGAACAACGUCGGUCACGAAACGUGGGAUAAUAUUUUUUACGGAACCCUUGCGGCCUUUCCACGGAACCCCAGGGUUCCGCGGACCACUAUUCGGGAACCGCUGGUCUAAUGUAUUUGCAACAAAGAUCAAUGAUCCAAACCAAAUAAUUAAGCGAAACAUCCAUCUUCACACGUUUUAAUGAUAGUGACGUUUCUUAGCAUGACGUGCUUAAUAUGCUUAUUUAUGUCACAAACACCUUGAAAACACGUGAUAGAUACCUUUUAUUUUAUUGUUAAAUAUUUAUUAAAAGAACACGAAAAAAAAGUUUAAAAUAAUGUUGUAUUCCGCAGACUCGUAACAAUAUACAGGAUGUCCCGAAAAGAACAUUCCGAACUUAAGGAGAUGACAGACUAAUGGAUGACCCAUCUAUAAAAAAGUAUCACCAUUAAAAUUUCAGGUACGAUUUUUUCAUGUUUU